AUGAAUACAUCACCACCCGAAAUCUGGACUGAUCCUACAUCCCCGCCAACAUCUCCACUGAGAUCCUCCUCGCCAUCACCAUCUCCCUCCCCAACAUCCACCACGUCCUCUUCUUCCCACAACAACAACCACAAGACGGCACUAACGCAGCACCAACACACACUCGUCUCGACCUACCUGUAUCACCGCGGGUACGAAACCUCGGCCAUGAACACGAUAGUCGAGCUAGAAAUCAGUGUGCGGCGCGAGCGCGACGAGCCGGGCGUGGCGUGGCUGCGGCGCGAACUAGCGGGUGCGCAGCGCGUGUUGGCGGUGCAUCGCGAGGGCAGGAGGAAGGGCGAGGGCAGGCUGAGGGUCGAAGUGGAGAGGUUGAGACGGGUGGGGCGCGAGACGGACGGGAGGGAGAGGGACGUGGUGGGGAGGCAGGUGGUGGAGAUUGAGAGGGUCAUGGGGAGGAGGAGGAGGGCGGGUGUGUGUUUGAGAUAG